CCCUGUGGAUUUUCUAGGCGAUGAAAGGAACAGAUUCAUCAUACCAUUUGCCUUUGGCGCAACUGCCGCUUCUUCCUUUAACAUGUUUUUCGGUGCAUCUGCUGCUUCAAAGGACCUCCAAGGAUCCGCUUGGUCAAAAGCUUUUCAGGGAAUACUAAUGACCCUGGUAUAUGGCAUCAUCAACUAUCCAUACCUCGCUUGUCUUAAUGCUGAAUACAAGAUCAUUGGAUACGCAAUGGGGCUGAUUUACUCGUUUGUAAGAUUUAUAGUAGAUUUGUUUCUUUACUUUGGCUGCACUCCCGAUAAAGAAAGUGGACAGCACCUAAAAAAUGCGAACAUCGAGUACAUAAUGUAUGGGGGAAUCUUGACCAAUAUACCUGUGGUUGUCUGCACAUUAUUUCUCGUUGGAAGCUACUCCGUACUGUUGUAUAAGGAAAUCAAGAAACUUCGUGUUCAGGGCCUCCCAAGUCUUCGAUAUAAAGAAGAAGCGACAACCAUUACCCUGGCCGGCAAAACAGAGAGAGCUCAUGUUAACCUUCUGUUCUCUAAUCAACUACAUCAGGCAGGGAAAAGACCACCUAACCAAAAUGGCACCUGGUAUAAUCUACUGAAGAACUGGAUAUACGUCGCACGCCCAGACUUCAAGUUCUCCACUCAGUUCCUGUCAUCUUUCGUUGUGUCCUGUAUAUUUGUUUACCAGGUGACAGUUGUACUGUUAAUGCUAAUAACAGUCAUAAUCUCAUUGUUAAAGCCAUUUCUAAAAGCCAUGUUAGAAAGAAAUACUGGUCUGGACGAGGCUUUGGUGGCUUUACAAUUAUUUCAAGACUACAGCAUUGCAUCUGUGUUAUUGGCAUGUCUUUUUGCAAUWAUGCAACUGGGUUUUUUCCUGAGAAGUCACAGAAAUGAUGUCCUUAAAACAUAUAGAACGAAAAGAGGCCUUCUACCAGAUGAAAUUCUUCACCCAAAAAUACUUGUUGGCAAGAGUCUAAGCUUCUGUGGACACCAGACUGCAUUUACUGCAAUAGGUCUUCUUGUCAACGUGCUUUCUGUAUUUUUCCUUCUUUUGCCGAUAUUUGUAUUUCAUCUGCUAUCCAAGAUAAGAACUGCCGAUGAAAACUCUUCACGGAUUCUAAACGUAAUCGUCGACAUUCUGCCACUCAUCGUCACUCCCAUAUUUACUUCGAUAGCGGUUAUUCUUUUAUCGCAUUUCGUAUUCAAAGACCACUCCUACCCAGAUAUGUCGAUUACCGUCAACAACAGGCGUCUGUUUGGAAUCAUGUCGUAUUUCUUCUUCUUCUUCAACAUAUUUGUCGGCUUAUGGUCGGGCUUGCUUCGUGUUGUGAAAGGAGCAGUAAUUGUAUUGGUUUUUCUGCCUCGAGUAGAUCGUACCAUUAUGAUGAGGGGAUAUCGGAGAUUCGACAAAGCUUACAUGGCCUACAUUGGAUUCCUCAGUGUACUUGUGGCUUUCAAACACCCUGUUAUGCUAUGUUUCUGUCAGUUGCUACUCGAAGGAGUUCGCAGAAGAGAAGCAGGUCAAACGACCAUCGCUAGCAGGCCUCGUGUUUCUGGCAAAGCUUUGAACCGCUGGUUUCUUGUAGUGCUGCUCAUGCACAACCCAAGCCUUGUGCGUCAUCGUAAACAAGGUGUCCGUCCUCGUGUACAGUUGCCUUCCACAAGUGACGUAAAGGUUGAGGUGUCUCCAAUUGAUUUGGAAGAUACAUUUCCACCAGCAGAGCGUUUGAAGAGUCUGGAUGUCUACUAGUCCUCAUUUAUAGGAUAGCAUUUACGGUGAACGUAAAAAAUAUACGUCAUAUUCAUAUAAAUGUAAUACUUAGUGUAAUAUACAACAACAAAAAAAAAAAA